AUGUGUUAUGCUAGAGGUUUAGUUGAUGAUAACAACGAAUAUGUUGAUGCAAUAGAUGAAGCCAGUCAUUGGACGUCGGGAGAUCAGUUGAGGAGAUUGUUUGUUACAUUGCUAAUGAGCAGUUGUAUGGGUAAACUGGAAACAGUUUGGAAUGCGGUGUGGCCACAAUUGUCGGACGAUGCACAAUUCCAGAUCCGUAAACAGUUGUCAAAUACAGAUUUUGUGCUCAUACAAGAAGAAUUGUCAUAUGACUAUGUUGCUCAGGAGAAAGAGAACCAGGAAUUGGUAAGUCAGUUAACAGAAGAGCAAAAGGUCAUAUACGAUGAGGUGUUAACAAAUAUUGAUGGCAAAGCUGGAGGGUUAUUCUUCGUUUAUGGUUAUGGAGGGACUGUUAAGAUGUUUCUGUGGCAAGCAUUGUCCUCCGCUUUAAGGUCUAAGAGGGAAAUAAUAUUAAAUGUUGCAUCUAGCGGCAUAGCUUCUCUUUUAUUACCAGGUGGAAGAACUGCACAUUCUCGGUUUGCCAUACCGAUAUAUGUUAAUGAAGAUUCCACUUGCAACAUAAGUUAUGGCAGUCCAUUAGCAGAGCUUAUUGUUCAAAGCAAGUUGAUAAUAUGGGAUGAAGCUCCAAUGAUGCACAAAUUUUGUUUUGAAGCCCUCGACCGAACUAUGAGGGAUUUGUUGCGCUACAAAAAUCCAAGUAGUUAUGAAAUGACAUUUGGUGGUAAAACAGUGGUUUUUAGUGGCAAUUUCAGGCAAAUUCUACCAGUAAUUCCAAAUGGUACAAGACAGGAUAUUGUUCGGGCGAGCAUAAAUUCCUCAUAUCUUUGGAAAUCCUGUAAAGUAUUUAGGUUAACUAAGAAUCUACGCCUACAAAGUGUACAAUCACAAAUUGAGGCUAAAGAGAUUGAGGAGUUUGCAAACUGGAUAGCUAAUAUAGGUGACGGAACUGUUGGUAAUUCAAGUGAUGGGGAGGCAGAUAUUACAAUUCCCGAUCACUUACUGCUGAAGUGCAACGAUGGUCCUAUUGCUAAAAUUGUUGAUAGCACCUUCCCUCUUUUUAGACGUGGUAUUGGGGAUCUGACAUAUCUCAAUGAUAGUGUUAUUUUGGCUCCAACAUUGGAUGUGGUAGAUAGCAUUAACCAAUACAUGAAUGAUCAUAAUCUGGCUGAGGGUAAGAUUUACUUGAGUUGUGAUUCUGUUUGUAAGUCAGAUUCAAAUGUAGAUUUGUUAGCGGAUUUGCACACUCCCGAAUUCUUGAACGGGCUGAGAUGUUCUGGAGUACCAAAUCAUGCUGUGACAUUGAAAGUUGGGUCACAUGUUAUGCUCUUGAGAAAUAUUGAUCACACACUUGGAUUAUGCAAUGGUACAAGGAUGAAGAUCAUUGCUCAAAUUCAAAGCGUAAACUUCAAUAUCACCCAUACUUUUACAGAGAAGGUUACAUCAGAUAUGUUCGAGAAACUACUAAACCAGGUAAAAGGAAUCAUACUGAUCACAAUAACAUAG